AUGGCGCCAUUUUCAGCUCCGAGUGUCGUUGUAAGAGGCUUUAAGGAACGGGCGGAAGCUCUGACUGUACAAGGAGACAGAUUGUACGUUGGAACAUCGACAGGCAAUUUGCAUAUUUACACUUUGAGUGCUGCUGGUGAAGAGGCACAGUUCCUGGAAACCAAGAAGGCCCUUAGUCGGAGAGCUAUCGAACACAUGGGUUUUCUAAAGGACGUGAAUUCUUUAGCCGUACUGACUGACUCGCUGGUGACAUUAUACCCGCUACCGGCGUUUGCUCCUCCCACCCCUCUCACGAAGACGAAGGGAGCUCUUUCAUUUGCAACAUAUACCGGUAUUGUGUACGGUAACUUGGAUGGCAAGUCACAACCUUCUUCGGACGGAGACUUCGGAAAGGCCAAGGAAGUACCAUCUGUUGUAACGUAUCUUGCGGUCGGUUGUAGGAGGAAGAUUGUUUUAUACUCAUGGAAAGACGGAGAACCACAGGAUGUGCAGGAAGCAACUCUACCGCAUUCCCCUCGUUCGAUGACAUUCUUGAACAACAACGUUAUAUGUUUCGGCUACAUGCCGACAGAUUUUGCUGUCUUCUCCAUCAAAACGUUCUCGACUAUCGAAUUUACGGCACCUCUUUCCCCGACCACUUCCGGCGUAGGCAUCAGCACUAAGGGUAUGGGAGCGCUCAGUGGUCUCGGUGGUUACAUGACUCUCGGACUUGGCGCAAAGGCGAGACCUUGCCUCAUUAACAUCAGUGACAAUGAAGCUCUUGUUGCGAAGGAUAAUAAUGGUAUUUUUCUUGGCCUUGAGGGGAAAGUUACCAGAUCCACCAAUAUAGAUUGGCCCGCACCCCCAGAAGACUUAGCGUUCGUGAAGCCAUACAUCUUCUCGAUAAUGCCCCCUGGCUCCGUUCCAGCGUCUCAAGCCGAAGGUAGUAUAUCGGGAGCCGCCGUCUCCCAGCCAUCCUUCAUUCCAUCUCCCGUCAUCGACAUUCGCUCUUCUCUCUCGCUGUUGCCCGUGCAAACUCUGCCUUUCCCACCUACUUCGGAGGGCAUCUCGAGCCACCACCAUAUCGUCCGCUUACUGACUGCGUCGUCCACGGCAAAGUCACCUUUGUACCUUGUAACAACCCCUACAGACCGCGCUACCGCCGCUGUCGCUGGCAGUUCAAUCUGGGAGUUUCGAAUGAAGACAUGGAAUGAGCAAAUCGACGAACUAGUAGAGGAAGGCUCCUACGAGAAUGCACUGGCAAUACUGGACUCUAUAGAUCCAGCAGUUUUGCCCGACAAGGACCGCAGACAGCGCCAAGUUCAAGCCUUGCAUGCUGUCUCACAAUUUCGGGCGACACACUAUGACGACGCCAUCAACACCUUUAUAGACCUAGACAUAAAUCCUGCGAAAGUAGUUGCACUGUAUCCGGAAAGCGUGGCUGGCAGAUUGUCUGUUCCCCAGGAUGCGUGGAUACCACUAUUCGGAGGACCCAAAUGCGUCGUCCCCCCACCAGUUGAGGACCUCACAAAGGAAGGGGAAGGAGAGGGUUCUGUUACUACCGGAGAUGUCCCACUGAGAGCACCGUCACCCAAGGGUUCUGUGCUUGGUGUCUUGAAGACCGGCUUGGAAUCGGUCACUUCCGUGGCACAAAAGGACGACGAUACCUCGUCAAUUAGCGGCACCGGCAAGCGAAAGGAAAUACGGAAAGAUGACUUCCACCGGUCUGUUGAGUCCCUGAUGCGGUACCUUUCGGAAUGUCGACGCAAGGCUACAGGAGCCCUCGAGGCGCUGAGCAUCACCUCUGCCCAAUCCCAUCGGAUGCCUUACCUCUCAGCAACUUCCAUAGAUGAACUGUUCGGGCUGCCCAAUGCUCCGCUCUCUGCACUGACGCCGGAAGAACUUGUACGCUUCGCGCAAAUUGUGGACACCGCACUCUUUAAGUCGUACCUUCUGGUCAGGCCAGGGUUGCUUGCGCCUCUAUGUCGACAGCCGAAUUGGUGCGAAGUGUCAGAGGUCGAGGAGGUCCUACAGGCUCGCGAGAAAUUUUCCGAAUUGAUUUAUCUGUAUAAUGGAAGGAAGAUGCAUGGCAAGGCUUUGGACUUAUUACGACAACUGAGCGAAAAGGAGACCGACACGCGAGACAAGCUCAUGCCGUCAGUCACCUAUUUGCAGCGGUUAGGACCAGAGAAUAUGGAGCAGAUCUUCGAGUACUCACGCUGGCUGUUCGACCGGGACUCUGAGAUCGCGCUGGAGAUUUUCACGUCGGAGGAAGCUGAGCUGCCACGGCAACGCGUUGCCGAGUUUCUGGAGAAGAUCGACCUGAGUAUAUGCGCACGCUACUUGGAGUACCUCAUUGAUGAGCGUUCGGAAGAGUCUUCGCUGCUCCAUGACCGACUGGCGGAGCUGUAUCUGCGCAUGGCCAUGUCGGCGAAGAAGCAGGGCAAUGAAGAUUUGGGGCAGACGGCGUAUGCCAAACUGCUUCGCUUUAUCGACACGACAGAUCACUACCAAGUUGACCGGGUGUUCGGUCUUCUGCCAUCAGAAGACCUCUUCGAAGCCAAAGCAAUUCUACUGGGGCGCUUGGGUAGGCACGACAGUGCGCUCGAGAUAUACGUAUAUCGUCUGGAGGAUUACACCAAGGCGGAGGCGUACUGCAAGCGUGUCUACAAGCCGGGAAGUGAGACAUCCAAUGUCUUCCUCACACUCCUCCGGACGUACCUCCGCCCGACGUCACCGCGCUUCGCCUCCGCCGACCUCCUCCAACCGGCGCUCGCACUCAUUAGCAGGCAUGGGCCACGUUUGGACUCCGUAGAAACACUACAGCUCCUGCCGCCGCUCGUGGCGACGGCAGACGUGCGCGACUUCCUACGGUCUGCGCUGCGUGCGCCUAUUCUUGACACGCGUGUUGUGCGCGAGAUCGCGAAGGCGCGAGAGGAUCAAAUUACGCGGCGUCUGAUGGCGUUGCAGACGAAGCGGGUGCGGGUGACGGAUAGUCGGAUAUGUCCGCAAUGUCAUAAACGCAUCGGCCAUAGCGUGAUCGCAGUUCAUGCUCCUCGCGGUGAAGUAACGCAUUACCAGUGCCGUGAGGCAUUCUCGAAGAAGUUGAAGGACCUCAGUAAUAGGUCUUAG